AUGCUUGAAUUCAGCGGCAGCUUUCAGCAACCACAGCCGCCGCUGGUAAAACCUGAAUUCAAAACCAGCUUCAUUCAGCACAAAUGGAAUAACAAUCUAUCCCAUAUCAUGUCGGGCUACAUUUACUUUUCUCCCUCCCAGAACCUCGUUCGUGCAGAUGAGGCCUACGACGGGGCUCUGGCUUCUUCGAUCUUCGACUAUUCUAAGACUACCAAGGAUGGUUUGGUCUUCAACAACCUGACAUCCUAUGAGGUAGGCGUUGCACAGCCCAACGUGUGGACUGGCUAUGUCAUGUCCAAUUAUCCUCUAUUCACCGAAGACUUCUUGAUUCAAGGAGCAGCCGUAUUCGGUGGACUUGUGAAGAGGAAUUUGCUCGAUAAACAUGUUGCAUCUUGGAAUAUCCUAUACUCAUCGAUUCCGAUAACUGUUUUCGUUGACUCUUGCGGUGUACUUGUUGGAUACGACUACUUUUCGCCCGGUCUUCGCACCAGAGUCAUCACUGACUUUUUCAACACGGCUGUCGGUCCAGUUAAAGUGUGA